AUGGCCGCUGAUAUUCAACAACAAAUUGCCAGCGAAAUUUAUGAUUCGACUCAACAACAAAUCAAGGCGAUGAGCCAAAUGUGGAAUUUUGAGAAUUAUCAUGGAGCACCACAAUAUCCAAUGACUAUGAAAGAGGAUAAGGUAAGUAGUGACAGCCUGGUUUCUCAAAGGGUACUGUAGUUGUGGUUAUUUAUAAUUCUGCGGAAUGAAUAUUGAAAUUUGAAAAAUUUGGAAGAUUUCAAGGAACUUUUCAAAAGUAUUGAACGUAUCCUGAAUUUUUGAAAUGAAAUUACACGAAAAAUAAUUUUUAUCUACAGGUUGAACUUUAGUUUUCUAAUUUUCGGUUGUCUGAAUCGUGUUUUCGUUUUCAAUCAAAGACGGAUCAUUCAGAAAUCUUGAAAAUCUGACGAAUUUUUCUGGAAUACUAAACUCCAACCAUUUUCUUUCCAGUUCGAUCCAAUGAAAUCCGAAAACAUGAUGUUCCACCCAUUUUUCGCCCAUCAAUUCUCGCAUUUCGGCCAACUUCCGCCGUCAACUCCAUCAAGUCGAGAUUCUCCAGUUCCAUCGAAGAAAAAACCACAACCAGUUCCAGAAGAGCAAAAAGAUGAGGUGAGAAAACUAUGUAGAAACUGAAAUUGAAAAAGAGAAUCUCUAAAAUUGUUUGAUUUCAGAAGUUUUUCUAUCGACAUCAACUUUUUCAGAAAGAAAGUUGGGGAGGGAGGGUUGAAGAUUUGAAAAAAUUAAAAAAGAAUGUUUCAGAGUUAUCGAGAACGUCGGAGACGAAAUAAUGAAGCGGCUAGGAAAUCGAGAGAAGCGAGGAAGAAAAAUGAGGAUAUGACUGGGAGAAGAUUAGAAGCUGCACAACAUGUUAGUAAUUUUUUGGAGUUUUCGAGCUUAGACCCUUGGAAUUAUAACCUUUUUCAGGAAAAUUUCUUGUUGAAACAAGAAGUUCAUCGUUUGAACACGGAAGUUGAAAACCUCCGCUAUGCAUUUGCACGUCUAACUUCUCAAAUGAAUAUGAUGUCAGCGAAUGGUGGCUCACAAAUUUUACCACCAACCCAACCACCACAAAACCCGCCAAGUUACUGA